GUGAAGUCAGUUUCUCAUUAUGGAGAACAGAGAAAGCAGUCAGAGAUCUUCAUCUCCUGAUCACAGCUGUGUGUCUCUGAACAGUGAUGGAUCAAUGCUCAAUCCUCCUAAUUUCAGUAAUGAUCCAGUGACCUCUGACCUCAGGCACUCCACGAGCUGACAAGUGCUGAUUCAACAUGUUCAGCCAGUGGAAACACACACUGAGCAACAGCAGCAGAUUCAGACAGGAGACACACUGAUCCCACAAACCAGACCAAGAGUUUCUGCUGAUCUCCAGGAGUAGGAAGAGAAAGAGAUCAACACCAGAUCCCAGCUGUGUGUCUCUGAAGAGUGACGUAUCCAUGAAUAUACCUCCUUUAUUUAGUAAUGAUCCAAUGACCUCUGACCCCAGCAGAGCAGAUCGAGAGCGAAGCAACUCUGUCUUCUGUCUCAACAACACAAGUGUUACAGCGUCCUUGAAUAAACAUGAUCAACCAGUAAAUGAUAAACUACAAAAAGUAAAAGACCAGCACAAAACCAGCAUGAAGAACAAGUAUGAGAGAUUAUUUGAGGGAAUAAAACUCCAGGAGAAUGAAACCCUCCUGAAUAGGAUCUACACACAGCUCUACAUCAUUGAGGGAGAGAGUGAAGGAGUGAAUGAAGAACAUGAGGUUUUACAGAUGGAAAAAACUGUCAGAACAAAACAUUCACAAGACACUCCAAUCGACUACAAUGACAUCUUUAAAGCCUCAGAUGAACCAGGAUAUAAGAAGAAAAUCAAGACUGUUCUUACUAAAGGCAUCGCUGGAAUUGGAAAAACCGUCUCUGUGCAGAAGUUCAUUCUGGACUGGGCCGAAGGAAAAGCCAAUCAGGAUGUAGAUUUCAUGUUUGUGCUUCCAUUUCGAGAGCUGAACUUGAUCCGAGAUCAUCAGUACAGUCUUCACAGACUUCUGCUGGACUUUCAUCCUGAACUUCAAGAUCUGGACUCAAAGAUUUAUGAGGAGUGUAAAGUUUUGUUCAUCUUUGAUGGUCUGGAUGAAAGCAGAAUGAGACUCAUGUUCUCAGAUGUUGAGAAAGGUUGUGAUAAGACUGGGACUUCGUCAGUGGGUGUGUUGAUGUCAAACCCAUUUAUGUUUUCAGAUGAUCAGAUAGUUUGUGAUGUGAAUGAGACUUCAUCAGUGGGUUUGUUGAUGUCAAACCCAAAGACAUUUUCAGGUGAUCAGAUAGUUUGUGAUGUGAUUGAGACUUCAUCAGUGGGUUUGUUGAUGUCAAACCCAAAGACAUUUUCAGGUGAUCAGAUAGUUUGUGAUGUGAAUGAGACUUCAUCAGUGGGUUUGUUGAUGUCAAACCCAAAGACAUUUUCAGGUGAUCAGAUAGUUUGUGAUGUGAAUGAGACUUCAUCAGUGGGUGUGUUGAUGUCAAACCUCUUGAAAGGAGAGCUGCUUCCCUCUGCUCUCAUCUGGAUCACCUCCAGACCAGCAGCAGCCAAUCAGAUCCCCUCCAAAUACAUCAACCGUCUGACAGAAAUUCAGGGAUUCAGUGAGCCUCAGAAGGAGGAAUAUUUCAGGAAGAGAAUCAGUGACCAGCAUCAAGCCAGCAGAAUCAUCUCACACAUCAGAAGAGCAAGAAGCCUCCACAUCAUGUGCCACAUCCCCGUCUUCUGCUGGAUCUCAUCCACUGUGCUUCAGAAGCUCCUGGAAGAAGAUGUGAGUGCAGAAAUCCCUCAAACUCUGACUGAAAUGUACAUCCACUUCCUGCUGAUUCAGAUCAACAUGAGGAAUCUGAAGUAUGAAGAGAGAGAUUCAGAGAAACUCCUGCAGUCCAAAAGAGAAGUGAUUGUGAAACUUGCUGAAGUGGCUUUCAAACAGCUGAUGAAGGGCAAUGUGAUGUUCUAUGAGGAGGACCUGGUUGAGAGCGGCAUAGACGUCACUGAUGCCUCAGUGUAUUCUGGGAUUUGCACUGAGAUUUUUAAGGAGUCUCUAAUUCAUCAAAGGAAAGUCUACAGCUUCAUUCAUCUGAGCGUUCAGGAGUUUCUCGCUGCCUUCUAUGAGUUUUACCGCUAUUUAAAGAAGAGCAAGGAAUCCUUACAUAAAAUCAGGGCUUAUGGUUUUGAUGACUCUCUGUAUGACCUACUAAGAUCAGCAGUAAAUAAAGCCCUUCAGAGUGAGAAUGGGAAGCUGGAUCUGUUCCUGCGGUUCCUGCUGGGCGUCUCACUGGAGUCCAAUCAGAGACUCUUACAGGAUCUACUGACACACACAGAGAACAGCUCAGAGAGCAUCAGAGAAACCACAUGGUACAUUAAAGAGAAGAUCAAAUAUGAACGUCAUAUAACAGGUUUUCUCUCAGUUGGUCAGUCCAUCAAUCUGUUCCUCUGUCUGCUGGAAGUGAAAGAUCAGACUCUGUCCAGAGAGAUUCAGGAUUUUGUGAGAUCAGACAUGCACUCAGAGAAGAAACUCUCUCCUGCUCACUGCUCAACAAUCGCCUACAUGAUUCAGAUGUCAGAGGAGGUGCUGGAUGAGCUGAACCUCAUGAAAUACAACACAUCAGAUGAGGGGAGAAGAAGACUGAUACCAGCUGUGAGAAACUGCACAAAAGCUCUAUUUUCUGGCUGUAAUCUGUCAGAUCAGCAUUAUGAAAUUGUGUCUUCAGCUCUUCAAUCCUCAAACUCUGUCCUGAGAGAGCUGGAUCUAAGUAACAAUGACUUGCAGGACUCUGGUGUAAAGUUUAUUUCUGAUGGACUGAGGAGCCCAAACUGUCAGCUGCAGAUACUGAGGUUGUCUGGCUGUAUGGUGACAGAGGAAGGCUGUGGUUAUUUGUCUUCAGCUCUGAGUUCAAACCCCUCACACCUGAAAGAGCUGGAUCUGAGCUACAAUCACCCAGGACAAUCAGGAGUCCAGAUGCUCAAACACAAACUGCAGGAUCCAAAUUAUAAACUGCAGAAAUUAAAUGUGGAUCAUGGAGGAGAGAUCAGGAUUACAGCAGGACUGCGAAAAUAUGCCUGUGAUCUCACACUGGAUCCAGACACAGCAAACACUGAAAUCAUUCUGUCUGAUGAGAACAGGAAGAUCACACGUGUCCUGGAUGAUAAGCUGUAUCCUGAUCAUCCAGAGAGAUUGGAUGAGGUUCCUGAGGUUCUGUGUGUUGGGAGUCUGACUGGACGCUGUUACUGGGAGGCUGAAUGGAGCGGAAAUAAUGCUUAUAUAUCAGUGUCAUAUAAAGGAAUCAACAGGAAAGAAUGGACAGACUGUUUCUUUGGACCCAGUGACAUAUCCUGGAGUCUGAAAUGCUCUGAAAACAGAUUGAUUGUCUGGCACAAUGAUAACAGAACUGAUAAAUCUGCUGUCAGUCCACUGUCUAAUAGAGUAGGAGUGUAUUUGGACGUGUCUGCCGGCACUCUGUCCUUCUACAGCGUCUCUGACACACACACACUCACACUCACACACUUACACACUUUCAACACCACAUUCACUCAACCCCUCUAUGCUGGAUUUGGGGUUUAUCCUGGUUCGUCAGUGUGUCUGUGUGAUAUUAAUAGAUAGAGAGUGUUACAUGCCAAGGGUUGAGCUACUGUUGUUCCCUUCCACUUUCUGUUGUUAUUCAUUCUCUGCUUUUCUUCCAAAUGUAGAAGUUGCGUUCGGCUGGUUGAGUUUCUGCAUUGGAACCAAUCAUGGACUGUGAGCUGUGAUUAAGCUGCUUCUGGGACAGAAAGAGGAGAGGCUUGGAGACUUUGAGUCCUUUUGUUGGCAGGUUUUAACUCUCUUGCAUGUGGCCCUAAUACUUUGUUGUUUGUGGCUCGCUUAUUUGUCUUUUGAUUAUUACUCAGUUAUAUCCUAAUUAAGCUACGGUUUAACAACCCAGAGGGAAGGAAAAGGAGAGAAUGUCACAUAAUAUACAUAUCCCAUUCACACAGAUUCAGUACUGUUAGACACAUAAGAAGAGAGGUGCUACCCCAUGUACACAGCAAAAUCCCCAGUGUUAAUUUAACACUGUGUGGACACAUAUAAACACUGAAGCAGUGUUGAAGGUAAUGAGAUAAUUAGGUGAUUAACAAAGUGAUGAUUGAUCAUUAUUGAAGACACCUGAUGUUAAUAAGCAGAAUCACCAAAGGAGAAAACCAAAAUUUUUAAGCAACCAUUAUAGUGGUCAGUGUUUGCAUUAGUUGGGCUCUUGACCCUUAAAUCUUUAAUACUAGAUUUUGUUUGGCUGCUGUAUUUGAGUUAAAACAGCCAGACAAGCCAAAAGCUCAAGUCACCAGGUGAUUAUGUUUUAACAUAUUCAUUGUUUGAUGUAAAUCACCUAGAGUCUAAUCUCUAAGUUAGGUUUUUUUUUUUUUUUUUUUUUUUUUUUUUGCUUAUUGUAAUAGCCUUGACAAUCCAGCACUUCCUAUACAUUUUGAAAAGGUUUUUUUUACAACCUGUUUAAAAAAAAAGUAUUUCACCUAGGCACACAUAGACAUCAAGAACCAGCCCAUGAAUCUCAACAAUGGUGACAAACGGCAUAUUCAGAUAAACAGAUCAACUCUGAACUCUCAUAAUUUAUUCAUGCCGCAAUGCAUGAUGGGAGUCAUGGAUGAGUUCUGAUUUGCUACAACACGCUUUUUGAUGGUCACCGUCGUUGUGAUUCUCACACUGAUUCUUCAUGGCUGUGUGUCUAAAUUAAGAUAAACUUUUUUUUUUCUUCAUCAUUCUGAUUAUGGCAAAACUGACUGAUCUUUUGUUCAUAGUUUUUUUUGUAAUCUGUAAGGAAAUUCUAUUCUAUUGUUUCUCUUUCUUUUAUUUUAUAUAGGUUGUAUAUAACUGUGUAUAUCUACAUUUUCUUCUGGUGGUUGGUUGCUUUCAUUUACCAAUGAAAACCAACUUCAGUCGUUGGUCCCAAUUUUAUGAUGUUUGCUCAUUUUCAUACCCUGAACUACUAGGGGGCAUAACAUAAUUUGGGGCCUCAUCCGAGCUCUUGCUUACAUUCCGCAUUGAGGAAGUACCGGUUAUAGCUCAUUGCCCUGGGAGGAGUUGUUGUGAGCUGACACAGAUGAGAGUAAAUUAAUAUUCUGUGUAGUUUUGAGUAUGUUUGUUAAGUUACCUGACGUCUUUGAUUGUGCUUAAGUUUAUUGAAAAUCCAUCAUUGGACCUUACUGAGAAAUGUUGUAAAGACGGUCUUGUAGAAAUAGCAGAUCACUUCCAAAUCUCUGUUAAUCGGCAGUCUUUAAAACGCAAAAUUAAAACUUUUGUUUUAAAUGGGCUUGUGGAACAAAGUUUUAGGUUUGCCGGUAUCUGGUAGAGAAGCAAUCAAGCUAAGAAGGGGAGGCUCUCAUCUAGCGCCGCGGGCUUGUCUGCCUCUGACUCAGCGAGCAAAGAUGCAAAGGAGCAUGUCUGCCUACCUCCGCUUUUGAUGCGAGUAAAAACAUUUAAUUAGUGCCACUGUAUAGAAAGAUGGAAGUGGACAGAUAUUUUAGUGUGUUUGAGAGAAUUGUUGUGUCAUUAAACUGGCCAAAGAAAGUUUGGUCAUUGCUCUUGCAAUGUAGGCUAGUAGGGAAAGCUGUGGACGUUUUUUCUACAAUGGCUUUGGAAGAUAGCUUGCAGUAUUAGACUGUGAAAGCAGCUAUUUUGCCUGUGUAUAAAUUAGUACCUGAGGUGUACCAGCAAAAAAUUAGGAACCACACGAUGAGUGGUAAUUUGCACAUGAAAAGGGAGUGCUGUUUGAUAAAUGGUGUACUUCAAGUCAGGUUGGUAACUUUUCUCCCUUGUGCGAAUUAGUGCUCUUCGAAGAUUUUAAAAGUGCGUGCCUGAAUGGAUUGUUUUGUUUUUAAAUGAACAGAAGGUUUUCCACUGCUGCUGUGUUAGCAGAUGAGUUUGUGUUAACACAUAAAAGUGUUUUUAGUUCCAUGCGUGGUGGUGACAAAAACAGUUCUGCUGGUGCUUCACUGCUUACUGUUUCGCCCAGAAUAAAUAGAACAGCCCAGAGAGAAACAUGAAUGUUUUACUGCCAUAAGCUGGGCCAUGUAAUUACACACUGUGGGAUGCUGAAGAGUAUGAAUUGGCCCUUUAUAGUUCUCCAGUGUUGACUGCUCCUAUAAUUGUUUUUUUCCAGCGUGAUUGGAGCAGGUGCAGUAUUGUUAAAGGAGCAUGACCAAGGCAUUGAUCAUUCGAUUUGCUUCUUUUCAAGGAAGUUCAAUAAACAUCAGUGUAACUAGACAACAAUUGAGAAGAAAGCUUUGGCUUUUUUGUUAGCAUUACUUUGAGGUGUAUGUUGGGCGUACCUCAUACCCAGUGGUUGUGUAUACUGACCACAACCCUCUCACUUUCUUGUGUCGAAUGUACAAUCAAAAUCAAAGGCUGAUGUGAUGGGCUCUAGUGGUUCAAAUUGAAAACAUUGAAAUCCGACACAAGAAAGAAAUGAAUAAUGUUGUUGCUGACGCUCUUUCUAGAGCAUAGCUAAGUGAAUGGACACUGUUUUGUGUACAAACAUUGAAAUGUAUGUUUGAUUGUAAGUGGUGGGGUGUUACAUGCCAAGGGUUUUGCUUCUGUUGUUCCAUCCCACUUUUUUGUUAUUCGUUCUCUGCGUUUCCUCCACAUGUAGGAGUUGGGAUUAGCUGGUUGAGUUUCUGCAUUGGAACCAAUCAUAGACUGAGAGCUGUGACUUAUGCGGGGGAGAGGCUUGGGGACUUUGAGUCCUUUUGUUGGUGGCAUUUUGUCAUGUGACAUCCUGUUUGGCAUCACUUCGUGUUUGCCGAGCUGCCGUGUGUUACGCCAAAGGUUGGGUUCAGUUAGCAUGUGUUUGGUUUUGUUAUUUUUUUUGGUUUAGCACUGCUUGUGUUCCUUCCCUCCUGUGGUUUGUUUCUCUUUCUUUUAUUUUUAUAUACAUUGUAUACAACUAUAUAUAUAUAUAUAUAUAUAUAUAUAUUUUUUUUUUUUUUUUCUACUGGUGGUUGGUUGUUUUUUUAUUUACCCACAAUUGUACAUAAAGCAAACCACGUCGUUGUUCCUGUGUUGGUUUGCAGCAAUUGCUGUUGGUUUGCUCCUUUUCAUACCUUGAACCAAUAGGGGGCGUAACAGAGAGACUCUCCACAUAGCAUAUUUCUUCUGGCCCAACACUGGUCCACACAACCCCUUUUCCGUCAGCCCACAUACCGCAAAGAAUGAUGGCCUUGAAGUUGCCCAGGUCUGGAUAAAAGACAAGAGCCACACAUGGGUCAUAACUGGCCCAAGUCUCAGCCAAUUAAUAGCCAAUAAGUGGCCCUUCACUGGGCCUGAAUUGGUUUUAGUGAAAUAGUUUGGUAAUGUAAACACAAACUAUGCCAACUAUUAAACUGGCUAGAAAAUCAGCCUUAAAAUCCACAAAUCAUGUAGCUGCAAAAAAAAUAUGUAUUGCAUUAAUUUUUUUUUUUUUUUUUUAUAAAGAACAAAUCAACCAAUGAAAAGUGAGUGUAUAAAGUGUUUCUCAUUCAAUUCCAAAUGGAUGUGAGCAUCCCUAUGCCUAACUCCUACCUAUCAUCCUACCACAGUGAAAUAAAUACUUUCAUUCAGUGGUGGGAUAAGAACUGUCUUAAAUGUAAAAAAGACACAAGAAAUGGAAUCACAGUCUGGUUUGGAAAAAUCUGUUCAACUGAAAAAUAAAUUGACUCAUAUCCAGAAAACAGCCAUGACAAUAAUAGGAAUAAAACAAUAUGAGCUCAUACAGACUCUAUUGCUCUUCUCAUCACUGCCUGUUCAUAUAAAUAUCAGUGCUGAUUCCAAACAUCCUCUUUUCAGUGAAUUUCAGCCGUUACCAUUGGGAAAAAAAGAGACUGAGAAUACCAAUGUGUAAAAGUAAUAGACUGAAGCUUUCGUUUGUUCCUGCCUAGAUAAAACUAUUGAACUUUACCAAGAACAAUGCACCUGUAGCAUAUUAGCACUUUACUGUGUUUUGUGCUUUACAUAUUUUAAAUUGUAUAUCCAUCCACUGUCUUGUUUUGUAAUCAAUGUAUGUUUUUAAUUGUUUCAUUUGUCUGAUUUAUUAUUAUUGUCUGCUUAGAGCAAUGCUGUAGCACUUUGCCCAAAACAAAUUUCCUCUCAGGGACAAAUAAAGUUUAUCCUAUCCUAUCCUAACUCCCUAAUCCGUUACAUUACACAUUUUAUGUAAUAUAAACAGAUUACUUUUAGAUUACCUUUGACUCAUUUAUCACGAUUUCAAUAGGAUUAUCUUAUACCAUAAUGAUGUUAAAAAAAAUAUGUAAAGAAUAUAUGUUCCAUUCAUUGUAAUUUACAACAUGAAGUGCAAUAAAAAUUAUAUUACCCCCAUGUCACACCCCCAUUGGAUUUGUUUCUUUUUUUCUUUUUGCCCUCCCUCACAUGCCCAUAUAUGUUUUUUCCUGUUCCUGUCCUUGUUAUGUCAUUAUUAGUUAACCUAGUUAAAUUGGUCUGGUCUGAUUGUCUGGGUGUAACUGAGGUAGUGUGCUAUCUUUCUAUAUUGAAGUUUGUGUAAUACUGUAAAUUCAAACAAUGUAUUAGUCAAAGGUUUGUGCAUCAAAGGGUGUGUGAGAAUAAUAA